GAUCACGUUGCAACAGGAUAUAGGCCUACAGUCUUUCAUUCGUUCAACAAUUUGAAGCUUGGGAAUAAGAGAGAUAACUGUUGAAUUUACCUGUCGAGGCAUAACUCCAGUUUUAAAGAACUCCAACACUGUAUUCUCUACCUCAGUCCCCACAACCUCCCAAUCCAGCUUAAAAUUUUUUGCAAUGUAUCCAUCUAGCCUUGGUGCUUUGUCAUUACUCAUCCCAAAGAAGAACUUUUUUAAUUUAUGCCCUAGUAACUGGAGUGUUCAGUAAAGCAACAUCUUCCUCAGUAAGUUUCAUACACAACAGAUCCUCAAAAAACACACUAGGGAGGUGCUUAACAGAGAUGUCUGCACUUCCCAAUAGCCCUUUGUAAAAGUCCACUACAACUACACUCAUUUUUUUCACAUCAGUGACUACUUCCCCAGUCUCAGUUAGCAACUUCUGAAUAGUCAAUUUGUGAUUCCUAGCCUUAACCAUACCAUGAAAAAACCCAGUAUUAACACCCCCUAGUGAUCCACUGGACCCUUGACUUUUGCCUAUAAAAGACUGCUCAACACUCUGUAGGUCCCUACAUAUUUUCUCCUGGUCAAGCAACCUGUGAGUUAACUUCCGAGGGAUCAAAAAGUAGAACACUCUGCAAAAUCUCUAGCACUGCUUUUGCUUCCCUUGUUUGAACUGACAGAUCAUAAUAGACAGUCUUAUUCAGACUUUUGAGUCUUCUUUUAAGCUCUCCUAGUUUUCGAUAUAAUAUUCGAUAAGGCUCCCCAGCAGCCUCCAGUUGCCACGCCUCUUUCAACAACUCUUCAUAUUGAGGAUAUUUCCUCCAAAACAAGAAGAAUUAAAAAGGCUUUGCCAAUAAAGUUAGUCUAGAGUCAAUCUGCACAAACAAUCCACAAUGAUCUGACACUCCAGGAGCAAUAGUCUGCACCAGACUAUUUGGAAACAUAUCCAACCACUUCUCAGUAACCAGGGCCCUCUCAAUCCUCCUUGCAAUUGGAUUAUUAACCUGCUUGUUCCACCAAGUAUACCACGAACCCAAUGGUUUAUGAUCUGUCAGCUUCAUAUCCCGAAUCCAUCAACGAAAAUCUUCCAUACUCUCAUUAACACCAGGACGAUUUGAGGCUUCACUAUCUUCAACAAUAGCAUUAAGGUCCCCUAUCCAAACUCCAGGCUCACUAGCCACUCCCAACCGUCUCAACUCAGCAUGUAACUUUGCCCUAUCCUGCACUUUAUUUGGGCUAUAAACUGCAGUAACAAGGCAUGAUUAUGUGCCAGACUGAAUACGAACACUAAUAAAAUGUUCCCCCAUACCAACUUCACUAACUGCCAAAUGAGAUUUCCAGAACAGCCAAACCCGACCAGAAGGAGAAUAUUUACAAUUAUCUAGCUUCUUCCGACUACUAAAAUGUUUAUUCCUUAUAUCAUCAGCAUUAUGCUUUAAUACUCUAGUUUCCAAAAUAGCAAAAAAGCUCAACUUGUAACUUCGACACCUUUGGCGCCACUAGAUGAGAAUCUCAACCGUACUCUUCGAAACUUGGCUCAUGAGAGGGAACUGGCAGAGGCAAGAAGGAGGAUAGAAGAGGAAUUUGUAGUUGGGGAAGGGUUUAAUUCCGAAGAGGAAGGAAGUGAAGCCGAAAUGGCGACUAAUCAACCAGCUCAAGAAGGAGCGCUCCCAGAGGAGAAACCAAGAACCAUGGGCUACUACAUGGCCCCAAGGGCGGCAGAUAUCCAACCUGCCAUUUGACAUUCGCCUGUGGCCGCCAGUCAGGCCCGCCUUUGUCACCAUGAUCCAAAACAAUGCCCUAUUUCAUGGGCUUAGCAACGAGUCUCCAAGGGAGCUUGUUCAGAAGUUCAUUAAACUUGCGGGGAGUUUAAAGAUCAAUGGUGUCCCCAAAGAUGCUUUGAAGUUGAGGCUACUCCCCUACUCUCUUGCGGGGAAUGUGUCUCGGUGGCUCAACAAUAGGUCGGCUCUCUCGAUCACUUUGUGGGAUGAUAUGCUCAACAAGUUUAUGACUAGGUAUUUCCCAUCUUCAAAGAUGGCGGAGUGGCGCAAGAAGAUCACCCACUUUGAGCAAGAGGAAGAUGAGAUGUUGAGGGAUGCUUGGGAAAGUUACUCCGACUACUUCCUCCAAUACCUACACCAUGGAUUUGAGGAGCAAUUCCGGAUUGAGACCUUCUAUGGUGGUCCCACCAAGACGACAAGGUUCUCAUUGACUCCUUAUGUCAAGGGAAAUUGAUGAACAUGACUCCAUCCCAAGUGAUCGAGUUGCUUGAAGACAUGAAGAGUAAAGGGUAUGAUUGGGGUAUGACAAGAAGUGGAAAUAGAAGCACCACAAAGGGAGUGCAAGUAAAGGAGAGAGUCCCCCGCUUGAAGCUAAGAAUGAUCGAUUGAUUGAUGCACUCCUAGAGAACAAGAACCAUGGGAAGAGGCUGGUAAUGGCGUGUGAUUGGUGUUCAAGUACCAACCACGAUUUUGGAUUGUCAAAUGAUUAAGGAAUCAAGCACCCCCCCGAGGAGCAAGUGAGUUUCAUUGCCAAUGCUAGGGGGAACAAUCCCUAUAGCAACACUUACAAACUGGGGUGGCAAAAUAAUCCGAAUUUCUCUUGGUCUUCUCCGACAAACCCAAGACCCCCUGUUUCCGAGGGCCAACGAGAAAUUAUCAACCAAGGCCUACUUUCAUUCAAUAAAGGCUGCCAUUCCAA